AUGAACUUCGUCACCGCGUUGUUUUGCCCGCCGCCCUCCUCCGUCCCCGCGCCGCCGACGGCCACCUUAUCGCCGCCGCCUUUCCCGCCGACGCCGGGCAUUCUCGGGAGUUUCAGUCCCUUGCCCUUCUUCUUCUCCGCGGGCGCGGCGACGGCGUUGCUGACGAGGACGCCCUCCUCCGCCGCCGCCGCGUCCGCCGCGCCCGACGCGGCGGCGGCGGCGCGCGGCGACGCAGCCUCCUCCUCCGCGCCGAUCCCCAUCGCCGCGCGCUCGCGCUCGAGCGCCAUCUGGAACGCCCUCUCCUUCGCCGCGGCGAUCCGCGCGGCUUUCUUCUCCUCCGCGGCGGUCAUCUUCUUCUCCCCCGGCGAAGCCCCGGCGCCGCGUUUUCCUUUCUUCGACUUGCCCUUCUUCUUCGACGCCGCGACGUCUUCGUCGUCGUCGUCGUCGUCGAAAUCGUCGAGGUCGUCGAAAGCCGCCGCGUCGGCGGACGCGGACUUCUUCCCCUUCUGCAGCGACUUCGCGCGCUCGGCUUUGAUCCUUCGAAUCUCCGCGAGCUUCUUCAGCCGCGCCUCUUCCUCCUCCGGCGACGCGUCCGCGAGAAGCAUUCCCAGAUCCGUCGCGCCGCCGCUCGUCCCAAGACGCCCCCCGCGGUUGGCGACCGCCGCGGACGACGUCCCCGCGCCGCCUCGCGCGGUCUCCUCCUUGAUCGUUGUUCCCGCGUGCGCGACGCCCGCGCCGGCGAACAUCGUCGCCGCGGUCACGACCGCGGCCUGCCCGGCGCGGCCCAGGAGGCUCCAAUUCAUCGUCGACGCGCUUCCCGCUCUGCCGUUCGCGCCGGCGGACAGGAUCGUCGCUCGCGCGCGACGGCGGUCCGCCUCCUCGCGUCGCGACGCGUCGUCCACCUCGGCGUCUUCCGCGUCGUCGUCGCGCGGCGCGGUCGCGGCGGCGACGACGCGUCCGCGCGCGCGCCUUCGCGCGCCCCACGCGGACGCGCCGCGCCGCAGCGGGCGCACCGCGGCGCCCAUUUCGCCUGCCGCCGCCCCACCGCCGCGCGCGACGCGCGUCGGGGCGGUCGUCGACGCCAUCGCCGAGGCGCCGAGCAUCGCGCCGACGCGCCGCGCGCGCUACGCGACGCGAGCUCCGACGCGAGCGCGACGCUCGAGCCCGCUCGCGUCGGAGCGCGCGAGCCUCGCCUCGCGCGUCGCCUCGCGCGUCGGCGGUGACCUAACGAACCCUGCGAAUCGAGGGUUUCGUUCGGUUGGAGCCUCGAUCGGUGAUCGACGCGCGAAUCCCGCCGCCCGCGAACGCGCUCGCGCGUCGACUCGCGACGCCCCCGAGGGAUGCCAGACGCGACCCGCGCGCUCUCGACGGACGAAGUGCGCGCGCGCGGAGAUUCGAUUCGCGCGUGCGUGCUCGCGUCCCUCGCUGUGCGCGCGAAGCCGGCGGCAGCGACGCGCGACGGCGAAUUGCACUUUUUAG